AUGCAGCAACCAGAAGAGGGGGCCAUCGCUGUGGGCAAAGCCGAAGAGGUUGUCGCUGCGCAGACUGAGAAAAGCCCCGAUCGGAUCGGUCAGGCAAUUAUAGAUGGGUCCAAUAAGUCACUGGGGGCCACAGGCAAGACCACUCUAUCGAUAGAGGAAGAUGCAGCUUUUGCACAUCUUCCCGAACACGAGAAGGAAAUCCUCAAGAGGCAGCUCGAUGCACCCAAGGUCAAGAUCUCCUUUUUUGGGCUAUAUCGAUAUGCCUCGAAGCUCGAUCUCCUCAUUGUCGCGAUAAGUGCUCUCAGCGCUAUAGUGGCGGGAGCUGCAAUGCCUCUAUUUACGAUUCUCUUCGGCUCCUUGGCAUCGGCAUUUCAAGACAUCGAACAGAAAACAAUCACCUAUGACAGUUUCGUCCAUGAACUCGACAAAAAUGUUCUAUACUUUGUCUACCUGGGAAUCGCCGAGUUUGUCACCGUGUACGUUAGCAUGGUGGGAUUCAUCUACACAGGAGGCCAAGUCACCCAAAAGAUCCGAGAGAACUAUCUUAAAGCUAUCCUGCGCCAAAACAUCGCUUAUUUUGACCAGCUUGGUGCCGGAGAGCUAACCACCCGCAUCACCUCCGACACCAACCUGAUCCAGGACGGAGUUUCCCAGAAAGUGGGCUUGACUCUGACAGCCAUGGCCACUUUUGUCACGGCGUUCGUCGUAGCCUACGUGAAAUACGCGCGUCUAGCGGGAAUCUGCACAUCGACCGUCGUCGCCCUGACCCUUGUCAUGGGUGCAGGAUCUCAGUUCAUCAUCAAGUACAGCAAGUUAUCUCUCGAUCAUUAUGGAGCCGGCGAUACGGUAGCGGAAGAAGUCAUUAGCUCAAUUCGGAUUGCUACGGCCUUUGGAACCCAAGAGAAACUUGCGAAACAAUACGACUCGCACCUGAGACUAGGUGAGAAAUAUGGGAUUCGUUUACAAAUUGCCUUGGCUCUCAUUAUUGGCCCCAUGUUCGCGAUCAUGUUUUGGAACUAUGGUCUUGGUCUUUGGAUGGGCUCUCGUUACUUGGUAGCGCAUGAAGUCAAUGUUGGUCAGAUCUUGACUGUACUUAUGGCUAUCUUGAUUGGAUCGUUUAGCCUUGGAAAUGUCAGUCCCAACGCCCAGGCAUUCACUGGCGCCAUCGCUGCCGCUACCAAGAUCUUCAAUACAAUUGAUCGGAUUUCGCCAGUGGAUCCCACAUCUACGGAAGAGGGCUUGAUCUUGGAUCAUGUGGAGGGCAAUAUUGAGCUCCGAAAUGUCAAGCAUAUUUAUCCGUCUCGCCCAGACGUCACCGUCAUGCACGAUAUGUCGUUGUCCAUACCUGCUGGGAAGGUCACCGCCCUUGUCGGCCCAUCUGGCUCCAGCAAAAGUACUGUCAUGGAUCUCAUUGAAAGGUUCUAUCUUCCAGUUAGUGGGGCAAUCCUUUUGGAUGGUCAUGAUACUCAGACCCUAAAUUUACGCUGGCUACGUCAACAAAUAUCCAUUGUCAGCCAAGAACCGGUGCUCUUUGGAACAACAGUCUACAACAAUAUCCGCCACGGCCUUAUCGGGUCCAGGUUUGAGAAUGAGCCAGAGGAAAGAAUACAACAGCUUGUGGAGAAUGCGGCACGGAUAGCAAAUGCUCACAGCUUUAUUUCUGCCCUUCCCAAAGGCUACGAGACGAGAGUGGGUGAACGGGGUUUCUUACUCUCUGGCGGUCAAAAGCAACGCGUUGCAAUCGCUCGUGCUGUUGUUUCUGAGCCGAAAAUAUUGUUGCUGGAUGAAGCGACAUCAGCUCUGGAUACAAAGUCGGAAGGCGUCGUCCAGGCCGCGAUUGAUCGUGCAAGCAAGGGACGUACAACAAUUGUCAUUGCACACCGCUUAUCUACAAUCAAAGCAGCGGACAAUAUUGUGGUUCUGUUGAAUGGCCGUAUCGCCGAGCAGGGUGUCCAUGAAGACCUAAUUCAGAUGGGUGGACCUUAUUCAAAGCUGGUCGAGGCCCAACGCAUCCGAGAGGAGAAUACGGCCGACACACUAGUGGAUCACGAAGAUGACGAUAACUCAGAAGACUCUAGAAUGAAGGAAGUUGCUCACAUUCAUUCCGUGGAAAGUGAGUCAAAAUCACGGAGGCACCAGGCAGAACCCAGCAUAUUCGAGAAGGAGAUCCGUCGAGUGGAUUCUCGAAAGCCAGCUACUGGCGAUAUCUUCGCUACUGGUGACCCUGAUUCUGAGCAAAAAUACUCUCUUUGGACGUUGAUCAAGUUCAUUGCUGCAUUCAACAAGCAAGAAUGGCGGUGGUUGAUCGUUGGUCUGAUAUUCUCUUGCCUGGCUGGUGGUGGUCAACCCGUUCAAGCAUACCUCUAUGCCAAGGCCAUCAGCGUCUUAGUGCUACCGGAUUCCAUGUUUGACAAACUUCGACAUGAUGCGAACUUCUGGUCAUUGAUCUUCUUUGUCAUUGGUAUUGUUCAACUCUUUACAUUCGGAAUCCAUGGAAUCGCAUUCGGUAUUUGCUCUGAGCGUCUAGUCUCCAAGUCUCGCAGCAAGGCAUUCCGAAUGAUUCUCCGCCAGGAUAUUAGCUUUUUCGAUCGAGAUGAGAACACAACCGGUGCCUUGACAUCGUUCCUAUCUACCGAAACGAAGUACCUGGCUGGCAUCAGCGGACAAAACCUCGGAAUGAUAUUGAUGACAUCCACGACGCUGAUAGCCGCGAUGUGCAUCUCCCUCGCGUUCGGCUGGAAACUGGCACUGGUCUGCAUUGCUACACUACCAGUACUUUUAGGCUGUGGAUUCUACCAGUUCUACAUGCUCGCUGCGUUUGCACAAAAGUCUAAAUCCGGUCAUCAGGACUCUGCCUCCUAUGCCUGUGAAGCCACUUCGGCGAUUCGGACGGUAGCAGCCUUGACCCGUGAGCAGGAUGUAUGGAAUAAUUACCACGAGAUACUGCAAGCCCAGAGCCGUGCAAACCUGCUUUCGGUCUUGAGAUCGUCCAUUCUCUACGCUGCAUCACAGGCAUUAGUCUUUUUCUGUGUCGCUCUUGGCUUCUGGUAUGGUGGUACCCUACUGGGGCGCGGGGAGUACAACACAUUCCAAUUUUUCGUUUCUUUCUCUGAAGUUCUUUUCGGAGCUCAAUCUGCUGGUGCGGUCUUCUCCUUCGCUCCCGAUAUUGGCAAGGCCAAGAACGCUGCUUUCGAGCUCCGGAAGUUAUUCGACAUUCGGCCGAAAAUCGAUACCUGGUCCACCAAGGGCGAGAUAAUAGAUCACGAAAAGGGGGAGCAUGCAGGUGCCAUUGAGUUAAGAGAUGUGCACUUCAACUACCCAACUCGACCCGGUCAACCGGUUCUGAAGGGCCUAAAUCUAAGUGUUCAACCUGGUCAAUACAUCGCCCUGGUGGGACCUAGUGGAUGCGGGAAGAGUACCACCAUUGCUCUGCUGGAGCGCUUCUACGACGUGUCAUCUGGAGAAAUACUCAUUGAUGGAAAGAACAUUAACGAUAUCAAUAUCAACUCGUACCGAAGUCAAUUCUCGCUUGUCAGCCAGGAACCUACGCUGUACCAGGGCACGAUCAAGGAGAAUAUCAUGCUUGGUAUUGACCACAGUGACGUUUCCGAGGAUGAGAUUAUCCAGGUCUGCAAAGAUGCUAAUAUCUAUGAUUUCAUCAUGUCUCUUCCAACUGGGUUCGAAAGCGUCAUUGGAACGAAGGGAAUCAUGUUAUCAGGCGGCCAAAAACAGCGCGUAGCUAUUGCCCGUGCCCUCCUACGAAAUCCUAGAAUUCUACUGCUAGACGAAGCCACCUCCGCUCUCGACUCGCAAUCCGAAAAGAUCGUUCAGACCGCGUUAGAUGCUGCGGCUCGUGGUCGAACCACUAUCGCUGUUGCCCAUCGACUUAGCACCAUCCAAAAAGCCGACAUGAUCUAUGUAUUUGAUCAAGGUCGGAUCAUUGAGCAGGGCACGCACCACGAGUUGCUGCGCCAGAAAGGCCACUAUUACGAGCUUGUCAAUCUCCAGAGCUUGGGGAAAGCUCAAUAA